AUGCUCUGCCAACAAGUGAAGUUCGAGUUCACAGUGAAGAAGACGUCGACUCUCCUCCUUCUCUACCUCUUCGGAGUUCUUGCUGUCAUGGCACUUUGUGCAUCCACAGUGGUGGCAGCCCCCCACAAGUCGGGCAGUCCAAAUGCGAAGAAGGUGCAUGAGGCGGCCCAAAAGGCGCAUGAGGAAAUGAUGGCCCAUGAGGAGAUGAUGGGCAAAAGCAUGCAUACUUCGAUGGAGGAGCACUUCAAUAUGCUAAUGCAUACAAAGAAUUUGGACGUGGCAGUGGGGAAGAAAAACCAUGAGGUGAAGAAAGUGCAUGAAGGGAAGGAGGAACAUGAGGCCAAUGGGGAGCAUGAGAGGGAGCAUUCCAAUAAGCCAAUUUAUUCCAGUCUGCAUUGA